CAAAUGAUCUGGAAAAGGAAAUGGCAAGCCAUUCAAGCAUCUCUGCCCAAAAAACUCCAGCAACUGAACAACUACAACAGAAUUGUUCUGCCUUAUCAAAGACACCAUCUAUUCCUUCAUUCAAGUCAUUGAUAAAACAUGGAUAAAAAUGUUCAUUGGUGAAGUAGAAUGAAGCACAGAUCCUUGGGAAUCACAUUCCUAUAACCCUUUUUUCUUUAACUUUAUCUCUUGUAAGACAGACAAAAGGACAAUGGUAAGGUGAUUGAGGUUAAAUGAUUUUUCCCGGGUUACACAUAGCUAGGAAGUAUCUGAAGCCAGAUAUGAACCCAGGUCCUCCCAAUUCCAGGCCUAGCUUUCUAGCUACUGUUCCAUCUAGUUGCCUCCAGUCUUAUUUUCCACUACUCCCUUUCAUUUACCCUACAUGCCCAAGCACCCCAGCCAAAUUUAUUACUCACCAUCUGAGCACAGAACCUGUAAUUUGGAAUGGGCAACUUUGGUUGAAGGGGAAGACUGAGAGUGAGGCAAGCAGAAGAAUAUGUCUAAGAUAUGAGUAUUUCUGUGUAUAGUUACAGUAGACUGGACACAAAGAUUAAAGGAGUUGAGGAUGUUAUGGGGCUGAAAGGUCAAGGGGGGAGAUGGUUAGGGUAGAAAAGGAGACUGAAAUUAGAACAGUUGGUUCAGUCAUUUUUCUAUUGUGUCCAACUCUUUGUGAUCCCUUUUCGGGGUUUUCUUGGCAAAGAUACUGGAAUGAUUUGCUAUUCCUUUCUCCAGUUCAUUUUAUAGAUGAGGAAGCAAACAGGAUUAAGUGACUUGUCCAGGGUCACACAGCUAGUAAGUGUCUGAGACCAAAUUUAAACUGAGGUCUUCCUGACUCCAGGCCUGGCCACUAUGUCUGACCAGAAGAUGAACUUAAUGAGGAGAAGCAGAUUGACCCAGAGAUCCCUACAGGACAGCAACAAGGAUCUGAACAAACUGGAGAGAACUAUCCAGUGAGGAGAGAGCCGGCCCUUUCAGUCCUGCUGAAGUUCAUGGCAACAGCCCAGCGGCCUCCCCGCACCAGUGACACGGCCCUCCACAUCAUGGGCAGCGUGGGCAGCCUGCUGGAGAGGCAGGACUUCUCCCCCGAGGAGCUGCGGGCUGCCCUGGGGAGCGCCCGAAGCUCACGCCAGCCCGACGGGCUCCUCCGGAAGGGCCUGAGCCAGCGAGAGCUCCUCAGCUACCUUCACCUGGCCAAGAAGGACUCCAAAGCCACCAAACGCUGGCCGUCGGGGGGGUCUCACCGGCAGGACGAGGACCGCCACAGCAACUACUCCGGCCUCUACUACCGGGAGCACCCUCGGGGGGGCGACUUCACCAAGACUUCCCUGCCCGAGCGGGGCCGCUUUGACAAGUGCCGCAUCCGCCCCUCGGUCUUCAAGCCAGCGGCAGGGACCGGGAAGAGCUUCCUGUCCAUGCAGAGCCUGGCAGCCCACAAGGGCCAGAAGUUGUGGAAGAGCAACGGGAGCCUCCAUACACUCGUGUGCAACCCGCCCCUGAGCCCCGGGCCCCAGGCCAGCCGCGCUCGGGCCCAGCUGCUGCAUGCGCUUAGCCUGGACGAAGGCGGCCCAGACCCCGGCCUGUCCGAUUCCUCCAGCGGGGGCAGUGGGGGCCCAGGCCCCUUCAGUGCCUCUGUGGGACACGUCAACCAUCUUGGGGGUUCUCUGGACAGAGCUGCCCGAAGCCCCAAAGAGCAGGCCUUGAUGAGUGCCAGCGAGAUGGGGCCGUUGGCAACUCUGAGCUGCCUUCCCGAGCCCCCACCGCCCUACGACUUCACUUACACUGCCCAGCUGGCCCAGGACUCGGUGGCGCUGAGGCAGGGCCAGCCCGGGCUCGGGGGACUGUCGGAGCUGAAGGGAGGCCUCAGCGGCGACGAUGGCCUCAGUCCGUUCGCACAGGAGCUGGAGGACCGGCAGCAGCUGUGGCUGGCCGAGCUAAAGCGUCUCUAUGACGAGAAGCUGCAGGAGGUAGCCCAGAAGGCCGAACGGAACGAAAGAAGCCUCCAGCUCCAGCUUUUCAUAGCCCAGCAGGAGCAGCGGAGGCUGCGGAAGGAGCUCAGCGCCUGUCGGGGCCUGGCCAAAGAGGCAGCACACUCCCCGGAGCGCACCAGCCCCAGUCUGGAGGAGGAGGCCAAGUGGGAGGCGGGUCAGAAGACUUCGGAAAUCUCUCUCCUGAAGCAGCAAUUGAGGGAGGCCCAAGCAGAGCUGGCCCAAAAGCUAGCUGAGAUCUUCAGCCUGAAGACAAAACUCCGAAGCAGCCGGGCCCAGGCUGAGGCCAAGGACAGUGAGCUGGCCCGGCUCCGGGACACCCUCUGCCAGCAGAUGGCCCAGGAUGGCCCCCAGGAUGGCCCCACUCCGGUGGAGCUCCCCGCUGGGGGCUGUGAAACAGAUGAUUCCAAGAGCCAGGGACUUCGGGGGGAGGUGGGCGGUGGCGGGGCAGAGCGGCUGUGGACCGAGCUGCAACGGGAGCGCCAGCAGGGCAGGGAACAGGCCUUGCUCUUUGAGCAGGAGAGGAGGACGUGGCAGGAGGAGAAGAACAGGGUCCUGCGCUACCAGCGGGAAAUCCAGGUGAGCUACAUGGAGAUGUACCACCGCAAUCAGACUCUGGAGCAGGAGCUGCGGGAGCUGCGGGAGCUUCGGGCCCCGCAGGCGCCCUGGAGCCCGAGGCUUGAGUCUUCCAAGAUCUGAGGGAGGCUGGAGCUGAGCAGGUGGCUGCCGCAGGACCUCACAGGCAGAGUCCUUGGAAAGAGGUGGAGGGGUGCCCCCUUCUCUCUCCCCCCACUCCUCUGCAAGGUCCCAGGACCCGAGGAAGGACCGGAUAGAUAGCCCCAUGCAGGGCUAGGCCAGGCCAGGAGGAGGGCUUCCGGCGUGGGCACUGCCCACAUGGUGGUUCUUGGAAGCAAAAGCUUGGGGGGCCUUUUCUGCCCUUUUCUCCUACGUCCAAGUGCUUCCUGGCUAGACCAGGCCUAAUCACCCCCCAUUGGCGAUGUGAUCUGCACCCCAGGCCCACUGAAGAGGCUGGGAGGGUUAGAGUGGAGCCCCAUGAUGAUAAAGAGCUUGGUGGGGAAUAUGGCUAGUACAGGAGGAGUUGCUUGGAGGUCACCAGCCCUGUGCUAUGUCUUCCUUGGCUCCCCAGGGGCCAGAGUGAGGGGGCUUGGACACAGGUGCCUGUCCUUCAAAGAAUAAAGCCAUGGUUUGUUUUUUUAA